UGAAGGGGAAAGGGUGGAUAAGAUUAAGAGGCAAUGGGGGAGGGGAGAAACUAACAGUCGUAAAAGGGAGAGAGAGAUAGAGAGAGAGAGAGAGAGAGAGAGAGAGAGAGAGAGAGAGAGAGAGAGAGAGAGAGAGAGAGAGAGAGAGAGAGAGAGAAAAAAUAACAAUAACACCUCUCAAGUUUCGUUUUUUAAACAUUUCUAAAUCAAUGAGUAUUCAGUUGUCAGGGGAACUUUUGCUCUUCUCAAAUCUCAGUUUCCAAACCUUUCCCCUGUGACAUUUAACUUGCAGUAUGUUGGUGUAUUCAGUUCUGGAUUGGCUGGAUCUAAAGAGUGGAAUUUUUCUUUUCUUUGUUUUUCUUCUUCUGGCUGAUUUGAUCACGAAUAGAAACCCUCCUAAUUUUCCACCUGGACCAUGGCCUCUGCCUUUCCUGGGAAAUGUCUUUAUUGGUUUCGACCACCAUGCAAUGGACAAGGUUGCCAAACAAUUUGGUAACGUUUUCAGCCUUCGAUGGGGAACAGAUAAGAUAGUGUUUGUAUCAGGACACAAGAUGGUGAAGGAUGUUUUGGUGACGCAGGGAGACAUCUUUUUAGAUCGACCACUGUCCCCACUGUUUAAUGAAGUUUUUAAAGGACGUGGGAUUUCUGUGAGCAAUGGGUACACAUGGAGGAGACAGAGGCAGUUUUCUUUGGCCCACUUGAAACACUUUGGUGAAGGAAAAAGAACCCUGGAAUAUCACAUACAGCUGGAAUGUAGUUUCCUGUGUGAGACUUUCCAACAGGAAAUGGGAGGUCCCUUUAACCCCCACGUUAUAAUAAACAAUGCUGCUGCCAAUGUUAUUGGAUCCUUGGUGUUUGGGAAGCGAUUCGACUACGAUGACAUUGAUUUCCAGAACCUUCUGAAACUUAGCCAGGAAUCUAUUCUACUGGCAGGCACACCCCUUGCUCAGAUGUAUGACAUAUUCCCGUGGCUCUUCAAACGUUUACCUGGCCCCCAUAACAUCAUCUUCUCCAACUAUGCCAGGCUCAUAUCCUUCCUGAGAAAGGAAAUAGAGAAACACAAGAGGGACUGGGACCCUUUGAACCACAGGGACUUUAUUGACACCUACAUUGCAGAAAUAGACAAGAAAAAGAAUGACAUUGAGGCUGGGUUUAACUCAGAAAACUUGGCGUUCUGUACUCUGGACUUGUUUGAGGCUGGAACGGAGACUGUCACCAACACCUUGCGCUUUGCUCUACUUUACAUGAUGAAAUACUCAGAAGUGCAGGAGAAGGUCCAGGAUGAGAUAGAGCGUGUGAUUGGCCUGUCUCGCCAGCCUUGCAUGACCGACAAAAUCAACAUGCCUUACACUGAGGCUGUCCUUUACGAGACGCUAAGAGUGGCUAACUUAGUCCCGCUCAACAUACCCAGGAUUUCUAGCAAAGACACCAUUGUCGGUGGAUAUUUUAUUCCGCAGAAAACUGUGCUGGUCACCAACCUCUCAUCAGUGCUCCGUGAUAAGACAGAAUGGGAGAAACCAGAAAUGUUUUACCCCCAGCACUUUCUGAAUGAGCAUGGGCAUUUCUGUAAAAGGCAGGCCUUUUUCCCUUUCUCUGCAGGAAAGAGGAUGUGUCUAGGAGAGCAACUUGCCCAUAUGGAGCUCUUCCUCUUUUUCACCUCCCUUCUCCAGAGGUUUACUAUCUCUCCAGCUCCUGGAGAAGAGCCUAUCUUGGAGCCACAGGGAUCUGCCGUCUUGUCCCCAAAACCCUUCAAAAUUUGUGUUUCCUCAAGGUGACUGCCAACAAUGGAAUGUUGUAGUUUUUCAGUUUACUGUCAGUGAUGGGAUAUAUAUGUUUAGUUUCAACCAAAUAUAUAUAUUUUUUGUUUCGCAAAUCGAUUGGGAUGCUCCAUUUUGAGUUUAGGAUAGUUUAUCAGGCUAAACAGCCCCAUUACUUAUUGUCAACUGUAUACUUUGUGUACUGUGUAGCUAUCUAGUUAGACUUUAAACUGGACAUUCAUAACAUACUUGUAUCAGCAAAACUUACAAAAUGGUUUAGAUAUUAAGAGUUCAUAUCAUGCAAAUGUAUUGCCCGAUAGCUACUAAUUGACAGCAUAAAGGUCGUCUAUCAUAUAGGUACAGUAGGCUACAGUACUUGCUAUUUAUGAUUACAGUAACUGAAUAUGCAACACGCAUUAACCCAUAAAGGACACACAGUUUAAGGUUUCUGUACUACAGUAAUUUGAUGCUACUCUUUACUGUAAUAAAAAAGGGCAGCAGCUUUGAUUUGUUU